UUUUCAUACCCUCCCAUGCUUGAGUCAUCCAAGAUCCCUACAAGUUACUGCCGCCUGAGAAUGUCAGAAUGUACCAGCAAGACUCAAGGGUAUACUAUGGCUAAAGCAGGGAGCAAUUCUACACUAGAGGAUGAAGGGUGCACCAACUUGUCUAUUAUUGCUGUGCAGAAGAAUAUAGAGGAAGAAACUGAUGCCUCCUGUGCAUCUCCCACACUGGCUCAGGAUUUGAACCGUGAACCGGUAUAUAACUGGCAAGCGACCAAACGUUCGCUGAAGGAGAGGUUUACUUUUCUGUUCAACAAUGAGCUACUGAGUGAUGUCAAGUUUGUGGUGGGGAAGGGCAGACAGGCCCAAAGGAUCCCUUCCCAUAAAUUUGUUUUGGCCACUGGAAGUGCCGUAUUUGAUGCCAUGUUCAAUGGGGGAAUGGCCACAAUGUCGACAGAGAUUGAGCUACCAGAUGUAGAGCCUGCGGCUUUCUUGGCCCUCCUAAGGUUCCUAUAUUCAGAUGAAGUGCAGAUCGGACCAGAGACAGUGAUGACCACACUCUACACGGCAAAGAAAUAUGCAGUGCCUGCACUGGAGUCCCACUGUGUAGACUUCCUCACAAAACAUCUGAGGGCAGAUAACGCCUUUCUGCUACUCACCCAGGCUCGAUUGUUCGAUGAACCCCAGCUGGCUAGUCUGUGUUUUGACACAAUAGACAAGAGCACAGUGGAUGCCAUCAAUGCCGAGGGCUUUACAGAUAUUGAUAUAGACACAUUGUGCGCAGUCCUACAGCGGGAUACCCUGAGCAUUCGGGAGAGUCGGCUCUUUGGUGCAGCAGUUCGUUGGGCGGAGGCCGAGUGUCAGAGGCAGCAGCUUCCUGUCAGCACAGAAAACAAGAUGAAGGUUCUAGGAAAGGCUCUACCCUUAAUUCGUUUCCCUUUAAUGACAGUAGAAGAGUUUGCAGCAGGUCCUGCUCAGUCUGGAAUUCUGUCAGAUCGGGAAGUGGUAAACCUCUUUCUACAUUUUACAGUAAACCCUAAGCCCCAUGUAGACUAUAUCGAUCGCCCGCGAUGUUGCCUCCGGGGAAGAGAAUGCAGCAUUACCAGAUUCCAGCAAGUGGAAAGUCGAUGGGGAUACAGUGGAACAAGCGACAGGGUCAGGUUCACAGUAAGCAGAAGGAUAACUGUUGUGGGCUUUGGGCUUUAUGGCUCUAUCCAUGGCCCUACAGAUUACCAAGUCAAUAUACAGAUAGUUGAAUAUGAAAAGAACGAAACUGUGGGGCAGAACGAUACCGGCUUCAGCUGUGAUGGGACAGCGAAUGUAUUUAGGGUUAUGUUCAAAGAGCCCAUAGAAAUUCUGCCUAAUGUCUGCUACACUGCCUGUGCCACACUGAAGGGUCCAGACUCUCACUAUGGCACAAAAGGACUAAAGAAAGUCAUCUAUGAACUUCCAAAUGCAAGCAAAACCUGCUUUUAUUUUUUCAGCUCUCCUGGUAACAAUAACGGCACUUCCGUAGAAGAUGGACAGAUCCCAGAGAUUAUCUUUUAUACAUGAACAUAUAGCAGAGUGCCAUAUUGAAGCAACUCAGGAGAAACAUACUAUACCUUCUUUCAUAAAUAAAAAAUUAAUUUUAUUUUAAAAAA